CAAAAAAAAUUUAAAAUGGACACGGUCAUUGUCCUACUUGUUCUUUCGACACUACCACAGCUUGCUGUAACACAGGCUCCCCGUGUGACCUCGUUCAGAGCUGAACUGGAAAUGGUGUCAGGGGAUUCAAGAAUCUUCUCUGGAGAGGAGCUCCGGCUGACAUGCAGCAUUCCCGAUGUCCACGGGUCCUCCUGGACCUACUUGUGGUUCAGGGGAUCUAAGGAACUCCCACAGGAUGGGAAGGACCUCAUUCUGUGGAAAACCAAGGUUCAAGACAGUGGGAAAUUUUACUGCCAGGGAGUGAGGAACACAUUAGUGGGAAACAUACACACUCUCCAAAGUCUGCCUUUGGAGAUUUACGUGGAUGGAGGGUGGGCUAUCCUGCAAGUCCCACCUUAUCCCGGCCUCGUCGGAGAAACCUUAAAGGUCACAUGUCGCGUCCGAGGCACAUCCCGACUUCAUGAGGUGAUUCUGUACAAAGAUGGUGUUGAAGUCAUGAGACAGAAUGGCCUCAGCCCACAUUUUUACCUGAAUAACUUGACCCUGGAGGACAAAGGAAUUUAUUCUUGUAGGGCAUCGUGGGAUGCAGACAGGCGUACACGCUCUGUAAUUUCAGCUGACGCUUUGGUGCAGGUCUUAGAGGUUCUGUCGCAGCCAGUUUUGGAGAUUGCGGCAGACCAUGACCUGAUUCCAGUAAAGAAGAUGAAGCUCAUAUGCCACGUCCAAUACAACGGCCGUGCUCCUGCCCCCGCAAUACACUUCUAUUUCUACAACAAUAACAACCGACUGGGAACAUCAACCUCUGAGAACUAUGAUUUUGUCCAACGGACUCCAGGCCAAUACAGCUGCAAGGCCAAGGUGCCUGAGUUGGGAAUCUCCAAGUGGAGUGAACCUAAAAGCUUUGGACAAGUAACAGGACCACAGAUGCUGAUGGCUCACGCUCAUCAUACCAGGGACCCAUUGCUCUCCGUGCCUCUUGCAGAUGCGCCAACAGCAGCCUGGCCCUCUCCUCACCGAUCCACUGCAACUCCCACUUUUAUUCAGCCUGCUGAAGUGAGCACUCAAUCUACAGAUCCUACACUGAGGCCUUCACAGCCAGCACCAAGCACUCUGCUAUCAGCACAGUCUCUCACGCAAAAUUCUAUCCCUCUCCCCCUCAAAAAGUCUGAGGAAUCUGGUGAUAUAUCUGGAGGAUCUGGUGAUCUCCAGACACUGUCCUAUGGUGACAAGUUCUCAGACAUUACAGAAAAUACAUGAUCUUAAAUCAGAGUAAUAACGUGCACCUGCCACAUCUUUAGCUAUCUGAUAUCAAUCAUAUGUACAUUGUGCUGCUGAUGCACAAUUUUGCUAUGGUUAAUUGUGUAACAAAAAUUCUACAUGUUACCAAGUGUCAUCUUUAUGAUCUCAUCUGUACAAAACUAACUGGAUCCAUAGGGCUGAUAAUAAUAACUAAUGUCAUAUUGUGCAAUCAAAUAAAGCAUGAAACAUACAGUA